AUGCUAUCCGAUGACUACGAUGAAACAUUUAUGUGCGUUAUUUGUUUCGAAUCACCAAAGGAUCGACUAAUGUGUCGAUUCUGCUCGAAAUUCAUUUGUGCUUCUUGUUUGAAUAAAAUAUUUGGCCCUUUUGGAUACGAUCAGAAAUGUCCACACUGUCGAGCUGUGGUGUCUCAAGAAGAUUUUACAAAAGUACUUUGGCUUCCGGACCAUUUGAAAGAGAUUGAUGAUCAAGUGAAAACUGGAACAGCUAAUAAAUGCAGUGAACAUGAACGACAAGAACUGUCGAUUUUUUGUCAAACGUGUGGCCUACGAAUAUGUGCUCAUUGUGUGUUACCAAUGUUUCACGGAAAACAUGUUCAGCAUGAUUAUUGUUCAUCGGAAGAUAUCUAUGCUAAAACUAUUAAAGAAGUUCGAGAACACAUCAAUCAUUCACGUCAUGCCGUACACAAGGGUCAAAAGGAAAUAGAAAAAAAUAAAAAAUCCUCCAAUACAAUUCUUCAAUAUCGGAAGCAGCGUCGUGACGAAUUCAACAAAAUGCACGCGUCAAUACACAUGAAAAUUGAUAGGGAAACUGAUAAAUAUCUAGAAAAGAUUGAAGGUGAACGAACUAUUCUUAAUGAUCAAAUCAACCAGCAUAACGAGGUGAUUACUAUGGCAGAACAAGAGAUCAACUCUAAAACUGAAACCGAAUUGAUUAGCAUGAGAAAAGAAUUGCUGAGUCGAUUUCAGAAACUUCCAUCGAUUUCGACUUUCAACAGCAUUGACACAACAAAAAACAUUCUCUCUGAUUUUUUGACACUUCCAUGGCAAACAGGUGAAUUUAUCUUGUAUGGUUUUUCAAGAAAGAACAGCAGUUGGGACAACUUUAUUGUACAAAAGUACUCUUUGGACUAUAAUCAAAGCUGGUCAUUCAUGGUACAUCCAAACUAUUCUACUGAUAAACAUCGUAAUGUACUAUCUGUCUUUUUGAAAUUAAAUAAUGGAAUGUUGCAACCUAUUGAUUAUACUUAUAUUGUCGAAUUAGUUCAUUCUAGUGGCGAUGUUUCUCUUAACUAUACGAUGAAAGGAACGGGACAAUUUAAAUCAGGCUGGCAAAAUGGAUGGAAAUCAUUUUAUCCAAUUGAACAUUUGAAUUCAGGCGGUUUUUUAUGGCCGGACGAAGAUAAAAUUAAGUUUAUUUUCAAAUUUCAACCUGCGACUAUUUUUGAACAAAAUAAAGUUCUUGAAUGGCACCUCAAUCAAAUGGAACACAAGGCAAGAAAUGCUGAAGAUGCUAUUGCUCGUUUACAAGAAGAAAAGAAAAAGAUCGAACAAACUGUCACUGAACAACGAAGACAAAUUGAGAAAAUCGAAAAGAGAGAAAUUCAACUGAAAGAAACGCUUGGAAGUCAACAAAAAGACCGAGAGCUUAUUACUGAUCAACGUUCUGAACUGAAGGCUUUGAAAAGAGAUAAUGAAUCGCUUAAAAAAAAAUUGAAUGAUUUCGUUGCUGCUCAAAAACGUCAUUGUCAAGAAGACCUACGUAAUGAGUUACAGAGAUACAAGAAAACACGUAACUGCUAA